AUGUCUCUUUGCCGCGUUUGUCUAUCCACCAUUGAUGUUGACUGUAGCAUCUACGAACCCGUUAACAACAGAUCCAGUCUGUAUUCGGUGCUCCGCCGACUUUUCCCGUAUGCGUUCACCGACGAUUGCGAUGGCCAGUGGCCAACAAAAAUCUGUAACGUAUGUAAACGGAGAAUACUUGAUGCCAACGAGCUGUACUAUCUGUGCCUGCACAGUCGAAAACGGUUGCGAGAACUGUUCAACGAGAAAAGCUAUCAAAUCGAUGACUACUUUGACCCAUCCGUGGAAAGUGGAUGGUUGCUGGAUGAUAUGAUUCCCCACACUUCCUCGCCCAGUAAGAGUGAGGAGCAAGCGACAGCGUUUGCGAAAUGGUUGGCAACGAAAAAGAACGAAGAUGAACUGGUAAACAGCUAUUUAGCUGCGCCCUCGCCAGAAACACCACCGGCCAGCGACAAGGAACAGCAUCCAUGUUCGCUCUGUGACGGCUUAUCGUUUUCUUCCCAAGCCGAUUUAACCACGCACCUCAACACACAGCACACAGACAAGGUGGAGCACACAGAGAAGGUGUUCCACGAUAAAGAAACGUACGAGAAACACGGCAACUGCAAUUCAUUGAAGCAAACACAACAAAAUGAACCAGCAAACAACCAACAACCCCGACCCGAAUUGGCGUACGAGUGCUCGGAGUGUGGCAAAAAGUUUUUGCGUAAAAGUAAUAUGCGGCAGCACCUAAAACGCCAUUCCGAUGUGAAAACAUUCUCGUGCAGCUUAUGUCCCAGUCGAUUCAUGUUUGCAGGAGACCUCAAAACGCAUCAAACGACACAUAACCCAUCCGAACGAUUUAAUUGCGAGUUGUGCAACGCCAGCUUCACGCAGCAUUCCUCGUUGCGACAACACGUGCGAAUUCACACGGGCGUGCGUGCUUUCAGCUGUGAUCAGUGCGAUAAAAGCUUCUACAGAUCCGAUAACCUAAAGCGUCACAUGCGAAUCCAUACUGGUGAGAAACGCUACAAAUGUCCUUACUGUGAUCGUAAGUUCGCGCAAAGCAACGAUAUGGCCAGACAUAUCGGUACGCACAUUGGUGUUAACAUUUAUCAGUGCGAUCGGUGUGAUGCUAGCUUCCCGUUCAUGUCGAAUCUGCGCCGUCAUUACACCGAGCACUAUCAGUCUGGAGAAGGUGCAACGGAACCGUCCUCCACGGAAACAGAACGAACGAUUCGAUUCACCACGACGGACAUCCUGAACCUAAGGUACGCAAAGGAAACAUCGGAGAACACCAAAAAACGGCAGACUUUUGCCGAUUCGAUGGACCAAACUGACAGCAAUGGAUGAAACUAUCGCUCUUCGUCGGAGGAUCAAUCUUGGACCACCGGUCUUCAAUCGGUUCAUCGACGUAUUGGUUUUCAAUACGUAGCCUGGACACGUUAAUGGCCAUGAUUAUGAUGUUCAAUGGUACGAUUCCGUUUUCGGAAUUUACGAUUACAAAAUUGCUAUUUGUGAAUAAUUGAAGAUUGCGUAGUUCCAGUGCUAAGAUUUUGUAAAUUUAAGCUCG